GUGACUCACGAGCAGAGGAGCAGUGACAGACGAAUCUCUACUGGCGUCGCGAGCGGAGUGGAACUAAUCGGCGCUGCAAAAGGAACGCGGAGACGCUCGAGUUCGCGGCUGAAACUUUGCCUUCUUUAUUUUGCUAGGGGUUUUCGGAUAAGCAGAAUUUGCGCGAGAAUGCAGUCGUUUCACUGCACUCUGUUCAAUCUGCUGAUUGUCCUCAGCAGCCUGCAGAUCAGACAGUUCACAGAGGCUUGCUCGUGCCUCCAGUCUCAUCCACAGGAUGCUUACUGCAACUCUGACAUAGUGAUCCGGGCCAAAGUGGUGGGGAAGAAGCUCCUGAAGGACGGCCACUUCGGCACCAUGCGCUACACCGUCAAACAGACGAAGAUGUACAAAGGGUUCGACAAAAUCCAACACGUCCAGCACAUCUACACGGAUGCCUCCGAGAGCUUGUGCGGGGUCAAGUUCGACAUAAACAAGUACCAGUACCUGAUCACCGGACGCGUCUAUGACGGCAAGGUCUACACGGGACUGUGCAACCUGAACGAGAAGUGGGACCGCCUGACCCUGUCCCAGAGGAAGGGGAUCAACCACCGCUACCAGCUGGGCUGUAACUGCAGGAUUAAGCCCUGCUACUACCUGCCCUGCUUUGUGACUUCAAAGAACGAGUGCUUGUGGACGGACAUGAUUUCUUACUUUGGACACCCCGGGUACCAGUCCCGACACUAUGCCUGUAUCCAGCAAAAGGAGGGCUACUGCAGCUGGUAUCGAGGAAUGCCAAUCCGGGACAAAACCAUCAUCAAUGCCACUGACCCCUGAGCCACCCACCCGCUCCCCAAUCCCCAUAGAGUGCUAUAGGACUCUUGCCCCGCCCAUUCCCCCUGCCACCACAGAGUGCUAUAGGACUCUUUCCCUUCCCCCAGCCACCAUAGAGUGUUAUAGGACUCUUACCCUGCCCAUACCACCAGCCACCAUAGAGUGCUAUAGGACUCUUACCCUGCCCGUACCACCAGCCACCAUAGAGUGUUAUAGGACUCUUACCCUGCCCAUACCACCAGCCACCAUAGAGUGCUAUAGGACUCUUACCCUUCCGUUCUCCCAGCCACCAUAGAGUGCUAUAGGACUCUUACACCACCCACCCUUCAACCCCAAAGAGCAAUAUAUGACUCUUCCCCUGCCCACUCUUCAAACCCAUAGAGCAAUACAAUAUAGGACUUGGCCACUCUACAACCCCCAUAGAGCACCAGUGGGCUCCACCCACUCCCCCAGCCACAAUAGUGAUAUUUUUGUAACCCAUGAUAAGAUAGUGCCUGUCUCUUCACAGUGGCAGCACUUCAGACAUAAACAAUACUUUUUUGCCAUGCUGUAUUAUUUCAUUUUUAAGGAUCACCCCCCUCCCCACUCCCUCUUGCCUCGACCACUUUUACUAAUGGACAGAAAAUAAUAGAACCACUAAAAAUGGACCUGAACCCAAAGAGUCUGGUGCUCUAGCAUGCUGGGGUCCUAGUGAAUUGCUUACUUAAAAAAAAAAAAAAACGGCAGAGCUUUAUAAUCACAGAAGCUUCGCUCUCUCUCACUCGCACAGCACCACGGAUACAAAAAGCAAUAAGCGAAUCACAUGAGGCCGUCAGUCUGGGAGGCGAGAGUGGCCAUGCGGGUUCAGAAACAGUCGGCUCAGAGCUCUGACACUCGGUAUCUGUGGUCAUCCCACAAAUUCAACCCUUUGAAGAGUAGGCUUUUUGGAAUGUUUUUUUUUUUUUUUUUCAAAAUUCUAAGUCAGUGUUCUAGAACUCCUUUGCUUUCCAAUUGCCAGUAGUGAUGGUUACAUCAGCAUUAGAAUGUUCAGUUAAGAACAUUCUAAUCACAGGCUAGUGAUCUUACACCUUAAAAGGUUAGUGUACAAUUAUCAAACGCUUUGUCAUUGUUAGAAGGGCAAAGCCCACACGUGGCGUUCUCCACGAAAAUACUGCCUCUCGCUACAGUCACCUUGGUAUUUUACGUCGAAAUAUCGGUAUUUAAAAUUUAUUUUUAAUUAUAUAGAAAGUGCAUAUGUAUGUAUACACACGUGUAUGUACAUUUCCACUGUGUAUUCUGUAACAUAUCUAUUUAUUAACGGUUCUGUUUCUGCGUCCCCUGCUGUGCGUGCUGUGGAGUUCUCCCUCACCAUCUGAACACGCCUCAUAAGACUGUGUUCAACAGAUACUCGCCCGGUAAUCAAACUGGUUGGCAUUCUCGUAUGAGCACGAGGGCCUGAUCCCGGCUUGAGAUCCAUGUGAUUAACAUUCAUUUGGUGCCAGCUUGGGUGACUCAAGUAGGCCAUGAAAGUCGUGCAUCUUGGCAUGGAGUCCUACUGAACUCAAAGUCAGGCAAACCCUGGCUUGAGACUUGCGUGGUCUUUGUCUCAGACGAAACAAUUCGGUCAUCUAAACAGCUCUCAGUUUGAGAGUUAGAGGGUAACCUGUACAAAGACUACCAAUUUCAGAGUCACCCACACGCGUGUGUAAGGAUGGAAUACGCGCGUCUCCGAUGGACGCAAGGCCCACGUACCUGUGAGCGCGUGCAAACUCAAAGCCUGAACCCCACCGCACAGACAGGAGGGAAACGGACGCAAGCUAUUGUCUCUUUGUCUUUCUCAUGCUGUACGUGAUGACAUAAGCUAUGACAGAUAUGACAGAAAUGAAAAGAUGCCCUGACUAGUCAAGUCUAUCCCCUAAAACAAUGUAGACUGUUACAUAUGUAUGCAUAUGACAAGAGAGAACCACAAUCCUAAAAUUGAAAGGGAAAAUGACCUGAAGCACUCAUUUGCCUCCCCCCUUCCCAACCCCCCUGCUCCCCCCCCCACCCCAAAUCGUGGUUUCAUUAAUGAAGGAAGAAAGGCAAAAUCCAUGUAUUACAGUGUGCCAAUCCGAUGCACCCUAUGCUGACUUUUAGAAUGGUACUUCAGUCAUAUUUCUUCAAUCCUUUGUACUAAAGAGAGACCAUGAUCUGUAUUCAAGCUGGGGUUCUGGAAAGACAAAAAAAAGAUUCUCAGAUCUUUUGUUUAAAGUGUUAAGCCUUUCAGUGAAGCCGGAUGGAGAUAAUAAUGUUGUCACAAAACUCUUUUCUUUCAUUUUUUUUUUUUGCCCACUGGAAGAGAUUCCAGAAUCUUCCGUUCAUUCCUCUGUAGAAACAAAGUUGACAUGGUUUGAGAGGCCGUCUGGGAGUCACUGUAUUCAGAGAGGAGCUGCGUCUGGGCCUGUGCUUGCAGAUAUGGCAAGACCCAGAAAAUCUGGGGGGUCGCAAAAUCAAAUCACCAAAACGCAGAGGAGGCACUGCAACUGAAGGUGUGGUUUUACUGUGAGGAAAGAGGAGAGUAAUUGGCCGAUCUCCUCUGUACACUUUCCUCCAGCUUUGUAAAUCAGGGGUUUACAAAAUCAGUCCUGCGGCCCCACUAUGUGUGUGCUGGUUUUUCAUGCAGUCUCUUCAUCAUCUAAGGUUACUGAGAAAGUGUUUUAAAUUAUUCCAUCAUUCUGUCCUGAAACCUAUUAACACAAAUGCAGGUUUGGCUCAUUGUCACUUUCUUCGUCUUCAAAUCCAUCCUUUUUCUUUUAGAGUCACAAGCUGUUUCCAUACAGCACAUUACAGAAAAUGAAAGCAUUAACUGAUCUAAUGAAAACUCCAGGGAUGUGGAUAUGGGACCUUCAUUAUUCACAGUUCAUAGCACCUUCUGACAUAACGUUACCUUAAAUCCUGCAGAAGGCAUCAGAAGUGUCUAAUCAAGCGUAAUUAGCAGCUCAUUAUAAUUCCGAGGCUGCGGUAGUGAUUGGAGUGAAAACUGGCACACACGGGAGACCCCAGGACGUGGUUUGAAGCCCCCUGCUGCAAACAAAAAUUGCUGCCAUUGCCCUUAAUCUGCAUGACAAAUGCCAGGCGUUUCCAUAGCGACAGCGCAUGCACCAAAUUCAUAUUCCAAGAAGCCUAAAGAAGUAAAUUAAUUCGGCGGAUCUGUUUUUCCAUAUUUAGAGAGAAAGGUGGACUCACUCAUGUGACAUUGAGACCUUGAUGAUGGCUUCCACCAUCAAAGGUGUACCUGUGUAAUUUUGCAUAGCUGCAGAAGCAGGUGGCUCUCACAAACUGAUGGGAUAACUUUGUUUUGGUUUCGGUGGUUUAUCUUUGUGUAAAUAGACUGUCUGCUUAUUGCAAGAAAGAAAAAAAAAAUCCCGGUUAUAUCAAUUCCAUGUGGGACACAUUAUCUGAAGUCUGAGAAUGCUGGCAAAGUCUGUGUGUAUGUGUACAUACACUGAUUCCUGGGGCAACCAAUUCUAGUAGGGAUUGAGAAAUGUUUGACUUUUAAUCUCUGUGUUUUAUAUUUUUAUAAUAAAGUUUUAAUGAAAAUCCCAAA